AUGUCUGAGCAUAUACCGAAGAGAACAAAAUAUAUUGAUUCAUGGUUUUCGAGAAGAAAUGAAUCAUCUAGUCCUAAUGUCAUCUCUGAGCCUUCUGUAUGCACUCCGCGUAUUGAUGAUCCACUCCAACCUUCCAUUCCUGAGCCAGUACAACAAGAUAAUAAUGAGUCAUUACCACAAGAUAAUAUCAAUGAUCUCCAACGUGAUCCUGGAUUACGUUGUCCUAUUUGGAAACAGCCAAUAAAUAUGAGAGAUGAUAUUCGAAAAGCCUAUAGUUUGUUAGGUCCAUUUCAACCCGAAUUAUCAUUUCCAUAUAGUGAACAAGGGGGUCAACAACGUAAGUUUCAGAGUAGUUGGUUCAAGGAUAACCCAUGGCUUGAGUAUUCAAUUGCUCAUGAUAAAGCUUAUUGCUUCCCAUGUUUUCUUUUUGAAACCGAAGAGAAUACACAUAAGGCUUUCACGGUUGAUGGGUUUAGAAAUUGGAAGAGGGUUUGCCCAAGUGAUAAUGUGUUGUUGAGGCAUGUUGGAGGAGUUAAUUCUGCACAUAAUGCUGCAAUGCAAAAAUGGGACUCGUUAAGAAACCCCGCUAAGGGGAUUGAAGCAGUUUUGCAUUCAAGGUCAUUGAAGGAUGUGGAAGACAACCGAUUGAGGCUUAAGGCUGCAAUAGAGGGUGUUAGAUUGCUAGCUAAUCAAGGAGCUCCUUUUAAAGGUCAUGAUGAAUCCGAAAGUUCCUUGAACCAAGGAUAUUUUAAGGAAGUUCAAAAAGCCUUUAGAAGAAUGAGUCCUGAGCUUGAUAGAGUUGUGUUAAAUGCUCCGGCAAAUGCUAAGUACACAAGUCCAAAAAUUCAAAAGCAACUCCUAAAUAUUCUUGGUAAUAAAGUGAGGACCAAGAUACGAGUGGAGAUUGGGCAUUCACCAUAUUGUAUUCUUGUUGAUGAAGCAUUAGACAAUUCUGGUAAGGAGCAGAUGGCAAUUAUUCUCAGAUUUGUUGAUUCUCAAGGCUUGAUUCGAGAACGAUUUUUUAAGAUUCUAAGUGUUCCUAACACUACAUCACAGACUCUUAAAAAUGAGAUCUCGAAAGUUCUCACUAUGUACAAUCUUCAAGUGAGAAACAUGAGAGGCCAAGGGUAUGAUGGAGCUAGUAAUAUGAGAGCUCAAGGAGUUCAUGAGAUCUGGCAAUUCUUUCAAACCUUGAGUCUUAUUGUGAAUUUUGUUGAUUCUUCUGCUAAGCGGCAUUCUUUAUUGAGAGAAGUGAGAAAAGAAGAAAUUACAAAUCUUGUAGCUUGUGGGGAACUUCAGACAGGCAGUGGUCUAAACCAAAUUUGUACUUUACAGCGGGCUUGUGUUACACGGUGGAGCUCACAUUUCCGUUCUAUUAAGAGUUUGGUUGAAUUGUUUAGUUCAACAAAGAAAACUCUUAAUGAUAUGAUUGAUCAAAGGGUGGAAGGACAAGCUGAAGCUAUUCUUAAAGCUUUGAGAUCUUUUGAGUUUGUGUUCUGCUUGCUUCUAAUGAACAAAGUCAUGAAAGUUACUGAUUUUCUUUGUCAGACGUUGCAGCAGAAAGCUCUCGACUUUGUGCAAGCAAUGAACUUUGUUAGACUUACAAUGACACUUCUUCAAGAGAUGAGAGAAGAAGGUUGGGAUGAUUUGGUAAAGGAUGUUGAAUCUUUUUGUGAAAAAUAUGACAUUGAUAUGCCAGAUAUGAGUGCACGUUACAAAUCCGGAACAGGUCGUGAUUGCCAACAACAGAAUUUCAUAUCAAUUGAGCAUCACUACCGUAUAGAUUUGUUCAAUGUUUUGAUUGAUUAUCAGUUGAGUGAGUUGAACAAAAGAUACUCAGAACAAGCAUCAGAACUCCUUAUACUUGGUUCAACCUUGGAUCCUCGUGAUGAUUUCAAAAGCUUCAAAACUAAAGAUGUUUGCAAUCUUGCAAAGAAGUUUUACCCUGCUGAUUUUGAUGAUGGUGAAAUGUGCACUUUGGAAUUGGAGUGUGCAUAUUAUGAGAAGGAUAUGCCUAAUGAUCCAAAAUUCAAGAAAUUAGAAUCUAUUGCAGAAUUGUGCCACACCUUGGUGCAAACAAGGAAGUCUGAAUUUUUUCCUAUGCUUCAUAGAUUGAUUAGUCUUGUUUUGACUAUUCCUGUGUCUACAGCAACCACUGAAAGGGCAUUCUCAGCUAUGAAUAUUGUUAAGAAUAGACUAAGAAACAAGAUGGAAGAUGAGUAUCUUGAUGAUUGUUUGGUACUUCAUAUUGAGAAAGAGUAUGCUGAGGCUAUUGACAAUGAGGAGAUCAUACAUGAGUUUGAAGCUUUAUCGAACCGUAGAGUUAAGUUUAGCUAG